AAAUAUUUUAUAAUUUAUUUAUAACUUAAAAUUUUAAAUCAAUAUAGGCAUGUAAAAAAAAAAUACUACUGUAGUAAUGAGAAUUUAAGAAAAAACAAGAGUUAACCGAAAGGAAUAAAAAAAACAAAGCAAAAAAGAUAACCGAACGAGAAAGGCAAAACAAAUCUACUACUACGGAAGGAAAUCUUCACUCUCUCAACAACUACACUGACCAGUUCUUCGCACAGAAGAAAACCGAACAACAACAAUGGCGAACACUACCACCAUCUCCUUCACUCUCACACCACCAAAACCCAAAACCACAACCCUCUCUUCUUUCCCCACAAAAUCCAAUCUCAAUCUCAAAUCCAACCCAUUCUCUUUCUCCAUAACCCAUUCCUACAGACCAAACACCCCACCCCUUCUCAAAUCCUUCCCGGACGACACCAUCACCACCACAACAUCCUCCCCUUCCUACCGCAACCUCAAAGCCCGUCUCCGCUCCGGCGAAACUCUCUACGGCAUCUUCCUCCUCACCUUCUCCCCAACUCUCGCCGAAAUCGCCGGCCUCUCCGGCUACGACUUCGUCGUCAUCGACAUGGAACACGGCCACGGAACCAUCUCGGAUACCCUCCCGUGUCUCCACGCGCUCGCAGCUUCACAAACCGCGGCAAUCAUCCGCGUCCCGGAAACCACAGCAACGUGGGCCAAAAAAGCACUAGAUUUAGGCCCACAGGGAAUCAUGUUCCCAAUGGUGGAAUCCGCCAAAUCCGCAGCAAAAGCGGUAUCCUAUUGCCGUUUUCCACCCACCGGACUUCGUGGAUCAGCCCAUCCAAUCGUUCGAGCUUCGAGCUAUGGCAUCAACGAAGGUUACUUGAAUAACUACCUCGACGAGCUUCUGAUAAUGUGUCAAGUUGAAUCUGAAGAAGGAGUGAAGAAAAUCGACAAGAUCGUAGCCGUUGAUGGUGUUGAUUGCAUUCAAAUGGGACCGUUGGAUUUGAGUGCGAGUAUGGGGUAUUUGUGGGAUCCAGGGAACAAGAAAGUGAGGGAGACGUUGAGGGAAGCGGAGAGGAAGGUGUUGAAGAGGAAGAGUGAAAACGAGGAGGUUUUUCUGUCUGGUUUUGCGUUGCCGUUUGAUGGGCCUAGGGAUCUUAAGUCACGUGGCUAUCACAUGGUGUCUGGUGCUUCUGAUGUUGGUUUGUUUAGAAGUUCAGCUGUGGAGGAUGUUGUGCGGUUUAAGGAGAGUUUGGUUGAGGAUGGUGAUAGGAAAGAGUUGGAUAAAGAUGAUGAUGAUGAUGACAAGUACUGGAGUGAGUGAGUGAAUGAACGAGAGGUUCUAGUUUCUGUGUCUAUGGUAAAAUUAAGUGUAGUGUUGUUAGUUAUGAUAUGCUUUUGAUCUUGAAUGAAAAUAACUCUUGUUUUUUAUAUGUUA